UUGGCAUUGGUUUCUGCCCACUUUGCAAACUCUGGAGUCAGCCCCCUCUCACAGCACAUCUUCUUCAUCUCUUUUUCCCCUUCUUCCAUCCUAAACACUUUUCUCUUCCCCCGCCAAGGGUGCUCCUGCGGUCUGGGGCUGAUUUAUACCAGUAAACCCUGCACGAUGCCUCCCAUCACGUUCCAGGACCUGCCGCUGAACAUCUACAUGGUCAUUUUCGGCACCGGCAUCUUUGUCUUCGUGCUCAGCCUCAUCUUCUGCUGCUACUUCAUCAGCAAACUGCGGCACCAGGCUCAGAGCGAGAGGUUCGGGUACAAGGAGGUAAAGUCGAUGGUUGUUUCCCGCACGUACCCACAGCGAUUCGGGGCCGAGCGGGAGGUGGGGACGCAGCGGGGACUGAUGCUGCUUGUCCCAGCUGGGCGCAUUCAAAAUCGAUGUGACGGGUGCCCGCUGUGCCUGGGCUCGACCUGCCCCUGCCCGGCUCCGCUCCGCUCCCGCUGGGGCUCCUGGCAAAAUCCCUCCUGAUGUUAAAUCCUCUGCCUCCUCUUCUCCCUCAGGUGGUUUUGAAAGGCGAUGCCCGGAGGCUGAACGUGCACGGGGUGAGCGGUACCACCUCUGGGUUUUGACGGAGUUGGGGCUCCCGGGGACGAUGCUCUGGGGCGCAUCCCCUCUGCUCCCCGGGGCCGAGGGCGGCUCGCAGGCAGAGCGAGGCCGGGAUGGGGACGUGCUGGCACCGCGUGGCUGGGAAUCGGGAAGAAAACCCUCUCCCUGGGGGCGGUUUGGGAACCGGGCUGAACUCCCAGCUGGAAAUACCCGGGGAAAAAGCACCGCAGCAGCGGGAUUUCCCCGGCCACCGCAUUUCUGGUGGGAGCGGGGCCACGCGUGGCCGUCGCGCUGGGUCCCACGCGUUUGCACCCGCCCUCAC